AUGAAGGCAUUGUGCAGUUUGCUGCUUCUGGCGAUGGUUGGACUAGUGGUGGCCUAUCCUGCCGAACAGCAAUCAAACCAACAAGUAGCUGAGGCACAUCUACCUGCCGUAGAUGUUGUGCAGUUGGUCCCGGUAGAGGAGAGCGUUGCAACCGAAACGGAAGGUCAACGCUCAAAGCGUCAUCUUGGCUUCGGUGGCGUUGGCAUUGGCGUUGGCGUUGGAUUGGUUGGUGGUGGAGGAUUUGGAGGCUUCCCUGGAUACGGGUACGGAGGUGGUUUCUACCCUGGGUACGGUUACGGUGGAUAUCCCGGCUUUGGAUACGGUGGCUAUCGGCGCUACGGAUACCGGUACGGUGGAUACGGAUAUGGUGGAGGGUUCGGAUAUCCGCAUUACUUUUAA